AUGGCCUUCGACAACAAAAGAGUCAUUUGGAUUGCUGCUGGUGUGUUGUCUGGACUCGGUACAGCUUUCUGUGUCACGGAACUACGAAAAUUUAUUAGGGAGAAAUGUACACGAAAACCACUUUCCAAAAUGGAGGACAGCAUUCGCUUAGAAGAUCUGGAAGUUCUUGCUCGAUCGCCGAACUAUUCACUGCGGAAAAGCGCCGAGCAAGUGGUGUUGGACAGGGCGAUGAAGGAUCACAAUCUUGAUUUUAUCAUCACUGCUUGUUACAGCAGCGACGAAAUCCAGGUUUUGAAAGCGGUUGUUGCUUUGGCAGUUUUAGUGAAAAAUUCCGAACGCGUUGCAAGAGACAAGUUAAUUGAACAUGGUAUAUUGGAAUCGCUUUCCCAUGCUCUUGUUCAUUCCGUUGAGGUGGGAUUUAAGAAACUCGUUGAUAUCGGAGGCUACGAUUUUCGUUUGCAGCGGUGUGCGUCGGAAUCGUUAUUUCACCUUGUUUAUGAUGAAGAUGCGACUAAAAUUCGUUUAACGAAAUCGAACUCAUCUAUUAUCGGAACUCUUCUAGAACUAGUUUCUGAGACAAGGAAUAAGGAGGUAAUGAGAUGGAGUUUAUUCACAGUGCAUCAACUAGCCGCUUGUGAGACUCUGCGGCCGGUUGUUCUAGAACAUGGGGUGAUACCGGUUGUGUCGCAAACGCUGGUGAAAAAUCAAGGAGAUUUUGUGUUGAUGAGAACUUGCUUGCACACAAUGGUGAUGUUUGUAAAUAAUAACACGGAGGAGGAAGUUGAACAUCUGAAGGAAAUGGCCAAAUAUGACAUAUUCAGGCCAGCUGUUGUCUCUCUUAGAUCUGGUGAGUACGGAUGAAGUGCCUGAGGUGGGGACCCUGUGCUCAUUUUGCGGGUGAAAUUGAGUGUGCCUCUACAUAUAUAGUUUUCAUUCACAACAGUUUCUCAUACACGUGAAUUGGUCAGCACCAUAGUCAGCCUCUGACACUCUGUAACUCUAGCCUGAUUCUCAGAUGCUCCACACAUGUCAUGCACCAUCAAGAGAGAGAGAGAGUGCAUGGCCAUGAGCAUUUAAGAAUCAGGCUACUGUAACCCUAACUCUAUAGUAGUGUACUGUUUCAAAUUUCACCAUGAUUAGUCGUACUAGCUCAGGUAUGUCAAUCGUAAGUGCAUCUUCUGGAUUUAAAUUCUUAGUGAACACACCCAUGCUUACAUGUUUAGAAAGAUGAAGAAAAAUUUGUUGUCAUGUCUUUACAUGUACACCCACCAUGAAUUUUGAAAAUGGAAAAUUCCACAUCACCAUCAUGUAGAGAAUAGCAAAGAAAUGUACUAAAAAGAAAUUGUCUUUCACAACCUGUCCACCUUUCUUGAACCGUAUUUACUGAGGCACAAAAUUAAACACAUCAAAUUGAAUACAAAUUUUACUCCAGAAUGGGGUAAACCAUCUGGAUUUAAAUGGCAGUUCCCAAGAGGAAAAUUAAACAAUAAAUAAAAUUGAUGUCAUAAACCAUUAUUUAAAUGGCGGGUCCCAGUUGGCUUGCUAGCUCAAUAUUAUUGAUUAGACUAUUGCGCUAGUAUCGCAGAGAUCAGGAUUUCAAUCCCUGCAAGCCUGAAUUUUUAGGCUUUCUUUUCACAACUGGAUAAGUUGUAUAAUUAUUUGACUGUGACGAUCUUCUCUGCCUUAAUUUAUUUUUUCAUCUCACCCUUCAAAUAUAUGAAAUUCAUAUAUUCAUCAUUUCAUAAUGAGGUUGUGUUUGUCUAUGCAGAUGAUAGUGACCUUGUUUACUGGGCAGCUGGAUUACUGCAUCAGUUUGCCAUUCAGGAUCUCCACAAGACACAAAUAUGUGCCAUACCAAACAUUAUCAAAUCACUUCAAAAUGUGCUGUGUUCAAGUGAAGCUAUCCUACAGAGGUUGAUCCUUCGUGUUGUCAGUUUCCUCUGUGUUGGAAAUCAGUCAUUUCGUAGUAGCGUUCUUCAUUGUUCAUCACUCGUGGCUCGACUGCCGAUUUGUCUUGCUUCUGGUGACAGUGACAUUGUGCACUGGGCAGUGGUCUUACUUCAUGAUCUUCUGCUUUCGGAAGGUUUGUUUAAUGCUCUCCUAGAAUUUUAAGAUAUUUCUAGAACUGUAGCCUGCGAAUGCAGAUGCAUUUCUGGUUGUUGCUCCUCUCCACCCAGGUGGAGAGAAGAGAAGACCAAAGAUAUGGCUGCGUUUGCAUUGUACUAGAACUGUGCAAUACUGUGUAACUGACUAUGAACUUGUCUGUGAAAUAAGGUUCUACUUUGCUUUAAAUAAUUCUGUUUUAUUACCAUGAAAUGAGAAUAAUGCUUAUUGCACUGGUUCUCAUUGUAUCCCAUAGUGACUUUAAUUAGGACUGAUCACAGAUACAUGUAGAAUGAAUAGGAAAGUUUUCUCUAAUUAAUUCCCACACUUAGAUUUUUUUUUUUAUGUAAUACUAAGUAUUAAUGUAAUAAAACCUCACCUAUCUACCAUCUCUCUGGUAACUCUAUAAUGACUCUUUUUACCCUAGGAUCUCCAAAUGCAAACCGUGCAGCAGCUCUUAGAGUUCUUUCUGUAGCUAGUGAUAUUAUAAAGGCCCUUGUACCACUGGCAUCUAGAAAAGAUAACAUCUUGAUUCGUUUGGUAGCAGAACUACUGGGUCUGUUUUGUACUGUUGGUAAGUCAAUACCGUGUUUCCUUAAAUAAUAGCUGGGGGCGAUUAUUAUUAUUUUUGCACAAAAAGGGGGCGAUUAUUUGAGGGGAGGUGAUCAAUUCAGAUAUUGCUCACUGGAAGUCGUGCCCUAAAUCUUUUUGAAUCGUUUUACUAUGUAGUGUCCUAAAUCUUUUUAAAUCUUUUUACUAUGUAGUGAGAAGGGUUGCCGGGCAAUCAUUUGAGGGAGGCGAUUAUCGAUUAUUUUAAAUAUUUCUGUCUAAGUAAGGGGGGGGGGGAAGCAAUAAAUAUUUGAGGGAGGCAAUUAGUCGAGGAGAUAUGGUACUUUUACCUGCAUUAACAACUAAAUACAUAAAAUGAUUAGCAUUGAUUUAUUGAAAGCAUAUCCACAGAGUGGUUGCUUUAUCUGCCAUUGGAAAUGUUGGUUUCUUGGGGGGAAGAGGGGAAAACUGAGACAGGCCUCUUGAAGCAAGAGUUACACCUGACUACAAACUCAAUCCAAGUAUGGCAUUGCUUCUGGGAUUCAAACCCAGGCAACAUUACGAAUUGCUAAUGCAUUGUCUUGCUUCCCUGUACACUGUAUUUGCUCCCCAAGCAUAAGGGCCAGUAUGAUUUCCUAGUGCUUCAUCAAAAUUAUAAUCCUUGAAAUUUUUGUAUGAAAAAAUUGUCUUUAAGAAGAUAAAUAACAUGUCCUUUUUGUUAUGGUAUCUCAGAAAGUUUACAAAGCCAAGUUCUCGAAGAUGGAUGUUUAAAGGCAAUACUGACAUAUUCUGUAUCAAGUGACUCUGAACUUCAAUUUUGGGCCUCUGCUCUUCUGUUAAACAUGGCCAUGACAUCUGAUGAGGUGAAAAGAGAGAUAAUCCGGCUGGGUGGCCUGAAGCCUCUCAUGGAGUUAGCGAUUGGCGACAGUGAUCAUCCACAAUGUGCUACACAUGCUGCUAAAACACUUGUCAUGCUUGGUUUUCUUGGUUAGUGACUAGUGUGUAAACAUUGUAGUUUCAAAAAAGCUUUGACACAUGUAUUUUGUUCUGUGUGAAGUGUUAAAAACCAACAGUACAGUACAAGUAAAUUGCACUUGAAACGUGAUUCUCCCCAAAAUAUAUUAAGUAUUGACAAUCAUCAAUUGAUUCUUGAUUUAUUGAUUUGUGAAUGUAAAUCAUCAUUAUCACCAUCGCCAUUAUUAUCAUUUUGGCUGUAGGAAUGGCCUCCUUUUUCUUCUAGGCCACCCAUUGUUUUCCUUCACGUAGCUUAUAAAGGUACUAUAACUCAGUGCAUGUGUUCCAACUGUUCCCUUUAUUUAUGAUAACAUUGAAGGUGAUUAUUUAUCUUAUGUAAGAGGGCAGGUUGCUUAAUAGGUUUUUUAAGUGAUAUAAUUAUUUGCACUGUGAACAAUAAUAUUAUUGUACAGCAAUUAAAAAAACCAUAUAAAUUAUAUGUUCUAGACACAAAGGUCCCAGUGGCCAUCAGGUCAUUUGGUUACAAGACUGGUGACGAGGCAAGCAUUUCUAUCGAUGGAAAGGAAUUUUGUCCCAACAAACCAGGCGUCAAUGUGGUAGUAAUGGAUCUAAUGACAUACCAAGCAACUGAGGUGUCUUCAUUUGACACUGGACAUGACAAAGAAGCCAGUGAACAACUUGUUGAGUUUAUUGACAUGGUCCCUGUUGGGGCUCUGGUUUUUAUAGCUGUCAGAGGAGAGGCAAACUACUACUUGACAGGUCACUAAUGACUAUGCAUUUUUCUGUUGUCACAUACUAAAAAAUUAUUUAUACCUAGUGUCACACUGUAAGAACCUAACCCAGUUAUUAAAAAUAGUCAAAUACAUGAAAGUGAGAACUUUAAGGUUCAAAUUAUUAUAUAUUUUUUAUUUCUUUUAUGAAAAGAAUUUCUUUAAACUUCUUAAGACUGCUCGACCAGUGCUCCUCCAUCCUUGCUGCCUACCACAUACUUCUCUCCACCCCUACAAAGUCAUGUACUUCCAUCUCCCCCAAAUCCCUACUUACCCCUAGUCCCCACUUACCACUGCUGACCAUCCCACACUACUCUCCACCCCUGCUUGCUUCCUACUCAUUACUACUACUCACAAUACCCUCUCCAUCUCCCCCUACCCCCCACUUCUCCCCACCCUACCUUAUCCAACCACCUCUAGCCCCUAUUCCACCCUUCUUCCCACCCUCCCCACUCACCCCUACUUAUCCAUAGUUCAUGCCCACCCCUACCCCUCAUAGCUGUAUCCCUACAUUUCAUGCCAGGGUUCUUACAGGUCAUGGAAAACCUGGAAAGUCAUGAAAUUUAAGACUUUUAUUUUCCAGGCCUGGAAGGUCAUUGAAGAUGUUCUGGAAAGUCAUGGAAAAUAAAUAAUCCAAUAGAUUAAGACAGAUGUCAAAAGAAAUAAUGCAAGAUGUUGGACAAGUUAUUAAACCAGAUUUUGUGUCACCAGAACUUUUGUUUUGUCUCUUUCUAUCCUAGAACAGGUAAAGUUUUGAAGAUAUUUGAAAGUGAAAGUUAAACCUAAGGUCACGAAAAACUUGAAAAGGUCAUGGAAAGUCAUGGAAUUUGAAUUUGAAGUUAAAAAGACUGCGAACCCUCUCAUACUCUCCACUCACUAUUAAAUUUUUCUUCCACUCACACCUUCAUGUAUUGCCGAUUCCUUUCACCCAUAAACCCCACCCACCCCUUCUCCCUUUACUAUGCUCUCCACUCACUGUUUCUUCCACUUUCACUCAUUCCGCAUCCUCCCUACUGACCCAACCCAACACACUCCUAUCAUUUUUACUCUACCUUUCUCUUUCUCUUUCAUCCACGGCAGACAAGGCCAAGUUGAGUCUCAAAGAUGUUGGACUUCAAGACUGUGAUUUCAAAACUGGUGAAUUGUGGGGCUUUGCUGGUUACAAGAAGAGAGAUGAAGGAGUAGCAGUUGGUUUUCUGCAGGGAUUCGACAUAGUGGAGUUAGACACUGAACUUAAUCUAGGUUGGAGUUUUAAAACUCGUUGUCAGCUAUUGAAAAUAAUAUUAUGUUAUAUUAGGUUAACUCAGUUGGGGUAGCCAGCACUCAUCUGCAGAACAUGUGCAGGAGGUUUUCUGUACAUGUUAUUUCAAUGCAGUCAAUGGGAUACUUACCCAUCAGUGAGCUUCAAAAGUUAGUUGCCUAGCAAGAAAAUCUACCUGUCCCAGAUGACCGGAGAGGACAUUUUUCGAGCCCUGUUUUCUAUUUUUUGUUGGCUGUAAUGCAACUUCUUUGCAGUUACUAAGCUUAACAAUGUAUUUUAAUUGAUAAAUAAAAUAAUAUCAAAAGUGAUAAAUUGAAUUCUUGAUCGUUUGUUACUCCUGCAGGUUAUUAUGCAAAUGAACAAGUACAAGGUUAUAUUUUGUUGCCGCUGAUCGACCUGUUGAUGAGUACACCUGCAUCACUUACCAUCAGUAAGGUCUCUGAACUGGAAUUGCUCACCGUGCUAGCAAGACAUGAUCAUCACAAGGAGGGUGGGUGCUUAGAGUGAUCAACAUCAAUUUUCUCCUCCCAAUAUAAAUACAUUAUCAAAAGAAAAGGUUAUGAGAUGUAAUAAAAUGAUCACCUUGGGAAAAUGCUUUGAUCUUUCAUCAAAUUCUCCUAACUGAUUCUUAAAGGGAAUGUAUGGAGAUUAAUUUAGAGAAUUUGUAAAAGGGUUAAGGGGUUACCAUUAGUUUCUAGAAAAACUGUAGUGGUAGAUUUGUGGGGAAGUGAAACACAAAGAUUUGGGCACUGCAGAGAGAUUGAGAAGCUGACAUCUUCAGUCCUAAUCCUUUGCCAGAGCAAAUCAGGUUGCCAAGUACAGUAUGAGCAAAAUGAGUUAACAUUCAAGGCAUUUGAUUUUCAUGUCUCUACAAAGACAUAGCAAAAAACUCUAGGUGACUGCCAGUGUUAUUACUUUACUGUUGCGUGUUACAAAAGAGAUGCUGUAUCACAUUUAGGGGCUGGAGGGUGGAAGACCCAAGAACCAGGAAGAUCCUAUGAGGUGGAACAACUUUUUGUAGGAUUUACAUGCAGAAAUUUCAGUCCAUGUAGUUAAUAUCAAGUAGAGAAGUUGUUAAAGAUCGCACGUGACGAUAACAAACAUGAAUUAAUACCAACUUUUCAGUAGCAGCAGGAAGUUCUUUACAACUGGUAGUGCCAAACGAAAUUGUUGACCCAUAUUGCUGUGAUUACCUACCAAAUAUCCUGCUGCCAUUUUUGUCAAGUUUGUUCCUUGUCCUAGGAUCUUCCUCGCAAAAGCAGUUUACAUGGUGCUAGAAGGAUCUUCUUCGUGCUAGGAUCUUCCUACCUCUUAGUGGGGAAGAUCCUAGCGCUAGGGACAAGUACAUCCCUAGAUUGCAUGUAAACUAAAUAUAGAGAACAAAUGGCACCAGGAUGAUAUGCCUUCUAGGAAGUCUGGUGCCUGGUGCUUUUAGAAAGAUUCACAUUCAAGGGACAAAAAAUGAACUGUUUCUUUCAAAACCAGCCAUCAAGUGUCCAAAGUAACCUGUUGAAUUUUUUUGAAUGCUUUGUUUUAGUAAUGGUCAGCUUUGACGGUUUUAUGAAUUACAUAGUGGAAUUGAUCGACAAUAUGUCAAGUAAGACUGCUGACCACCUGAGAGCAAAUCCACUAGUGAUAGCACACUGCAUUGGUGCUAUGAAGAUCAUUACUGCUAUAAGCAUUGCAAAGGACAGUCAUGUAAGUAUGAUUUCAAGGGCUCUGUUUGCACCACAUAAGGGAAUCCAAGACAGUCUUGGAUUCUGGAUUCCACACUGUGGAUUCUGGAUUCCAGGUAUUGGAUUCUGGAUUCCAAUCGUUAGUGGGAUUCCAGAUUCCAAUCAUUAGUGGCAUUCCGGAUUCCUUGUGCUGUAUUCCAGAUUCCAAAGCCCAGGAUUCGGAAUUCCACAGCAAACAUUUGCAGGAUUUUGGAUUCCAAAAGCAAAAAUUUGCCAGAUUCCAGAAUCCCUUAACACUAUACUUUAAGAAGAAUUGAAAGGAGUGUAGUUCUAUCCAAGGUGCCCAGCACGUGGUUUUUAUUAUAAAACUAAGAUUUCCUUGUCUCUUAAGAGCAGAACUAAGGUACCACUGGCCACUGGGCAGUGCUAGAGCACAACCCUGGAUUUGUAUUGAGGCCCUCAACGGGGGGGGGGGGGGUACUUAUGUCCCUAGUCUGAAUUUCAAGUAUGGUAAUUUAUCGAUGGAGCAAUGACCUGUACUCUUGACCUGUGAAAUGUGACCUGUACUUUAGACCCGGCCGAACUAGCGUUUGCAUCAAACAUCCUCUCUUGUGCAUAUUUUAAUUCCAGGAGAAGUUUGCAGAACACAAAGUACUUGAUGCAAUUUUAGCCCUUCUUUCUCUAAUGAAUGCAAUCCAGCUAGAGAAACUGACUCAGCAUAUGAAUGCCAACACAACUGGUCACAUGCAACAAACAGUUGAAUUGGAAUCAGAAGCCGAUCAGGGACUUCAUCUCACUGAGGUGAUGGCUGCCUCUUCAGAAAACGUUUCCACGAUGGCUGAGGCAGGUUAGUGAAUUCUUGUUGCGUUGUUAAGUCUUAAAUGUACCGUAAUAUUUCGAGGAAGCUUUCGGAAACUUCAGAUCAUGUUCGGAAACGUUUGGGUCUGAAGUGUCAACUUCGCACAUCUUCGGAAGUGUUCGGAUUAACGCUCGAAUUACCAUGGAUUGAUCUCUCAAAUAUAUUGUAAAACCUGCUUUCAAAAAGUGCAUUUUAUGGAUCAAAUUUACUUUUCUCUUGUCCGGAAAGACUGUAGUAUUGCAGCAGGUUAUCGUUAAUCAACUGGCAGAAAUGGCUUGUGAUAUUAAGCCCACAUAGGUAAGACAUCUCUCAGGAAAUAUCUCAUAUCAAAAACUGCAAAAUUGCCAGGUGGCAAGAGUACUUAUGACCCAUACAUUUUUUGUAAAUACUAAAGUUUUAGUUCUUUAACUUGUGGGCUCAAAUUUUCAGAGUUAUCUACAGUGACAGUCAUUACGUUAUGUCUUUCCAGUAUUCGUGGAAUUAAGUUUUAUAAUGCUUGGUUAAAAAAUUGACCUAUCCUUGCAUUUAAUGCAUUGCCCAUCCCGACAUAUAAAAAAUCCAUGAUUAAUGCAUUUUAUUGGGAUUUGCUUCACUUACAGUAAAACUAACGGCAAGUGGCUUAAGAACGCCGGUUCAUGGUGAUUCCUCGGAGCCAUCUUCUCCGUUACAAACCACUCAACUUAAAUGCACUUUAAAGAAGAAAUCUAACGCAAAGACCCUGCAGUCAGAAUCGGUCUCGGGAGAGGCGAUAGUUCAUGAUGAUUUAGAUGAGGCGUUUUCCAACCUGACAGGAUUGAGCGUAAUAACGCUGUACAACUGUAUUGACUUGAUCACAAGUUCAGAAGAAUCCCGGGAGCAUUUCUUCAAAGCUGGUGCGAUGCAGAUUCUGUGGUGUCGCCUGCUGACUGCAGGCCCGUCAACUGUGCAGCAAAUUGGCCUCGCCACUGAGAUGUUAUUAAACACCUGUUGUUGUAUGACCAUGUUGGAGAAGUAUUACACUGGUAUGUGUUGCCACUGAGGAGGCUAUGAGCUUACUUAGGUGUAUAAAGGACAGGAAAUUAAAGUAGUUUUACUGGCAAAAAGGCAACAUUUUGAAUAUUACUUGAUGAAAAGUUGUUAACAUCUUUGACAAAGACAACGUUUCGACGCUAAGUUGGCGUCAUUUUAAGUCAAGUCGAAUGAAAGAACAGUACGUACGAGAUUGCGCUAGGUAUAGGAAAAGAAAUAAGAAUGUUGUGUGUAUGAUAAAACGUGUUGAGUGAAUAGAUUUAUAGCAGAUACAGUCAACUGCUGACUAAAACGUUUCGUGCUCUACGCGCUUGUGGUAACGUGCAUGGUCAAUCAAGUCUUGCAAGGCGAUUAUUGCCAUCAGCAGUAAUAAAACCAAGCAAAUGAAGUAGUCAAGACUCGAAACAAAAAAGUAGGCGUUGUCAACGGCAGGAAAACGCGCGUGAGCAAGCCAAGAUUGGCUUCAGUUUCAGUUUUAAUUAUUUGAAAAUAUUGUAUAGUGGAUAGUUUAGCCAGUCAGGAAAAAAUUUGAACUAGCAGCCAUUUUUUUGUCUCUUGAUUUGCAUUUUUGGCCUUAACUGUUACCGGUGGACGCAGUUUAAACCCUAAUAUCAAAAUUUAGAUUCUGAUUUACUGUCGCUAUACUUUUUCAACAGAAGUAGUGAAGAGAAUUUUUUGAAAUAUCAAUUAGACUCAUCUUCCCUCAUCAUGUACUCAAUUCUCAUGACCACUCUGUUUUCUAAAGCAUUGAUAUAAUAAGGAGAAAUUUCAUGCUGAUCACUCUUAGGGCUUAAAGGUUCACGGACACUAGCUCACACAACUUGUCAUUGUUGCCUUCUCAUAUCAGACAUUGCAGUGGAGUUAGACGAACACACCAAGACCCCUGCGCUGGUUUUAAGCACCGAUCGCCUUGAAGCCUCCAAUCCAAACUGGACAUUUGAAAGCGUACAUGCCACCCUGUGCAUCGGGCGGGGUAUGUGUGCAAUAUCCCCGUAUCCCGCGGGAUGGUAUUACGAGGUCACUCUCAAGUCUACUGGCAUACUACAGAUAGGUACGAUAAUACUGCGCUUAGCUUCGACGACAAGUGUUUGCUUUGGUAGCAUCUGCUUGUUGUGUUCCCCGACAUGUUAGCAGUUAUCAAUAUUCCUGCUUAACGUCAAUUGUUUACGCUUCAACUGCUCACGUGCGCUUGGAGGAAGUCUAGAAUUAGCUAUAACUAGUUGUAGCAACCGCGCAUUAACCAAAACAGUUUAGACGGUAUUCAAUUGGGAACCUUAACCAAACCGGUUUAUUCGGAAAGGCUUAUCUGAUAGAUUAUGGUUUGUUUAUAGUGGAAAGUGCGCUUAGUGUAUCCUACUAGUUUACAGGUACUCCACUCAAAUACUUAGAAACAAAUAAUUCAAAUAGAACAUAACAGGAUUAAAACCCCAUCUGGCAGGAGGCAACCAGUUGGUUAUUUACAGGCGUGGCCGAGGAUUUGAACUCAGAACGACCCGAGAGCAAAUCCAGCAAGUGGUCAAAGCAGGACUCGAACCUGGUACCGCCGGAUUGCGAGUCCGACUCGCUGACCACUCGGCUAUAGACUGCAAAACAGUCGGGUUUUUUUUUUCUCAAAAUCGGUUUAGUGUAGCGAAGCGCGAAGUGCGCUUGCUUCACACGUCUGACUGUUCGCGCGCACUUGAAUACGCAAAAAUAGAGACUGUUUUGCAAUCCAACUGGGCCACGCUGCUUCUCUUAGUUAAAACAUUGAAAAGAGGGACCAUAAGGAGAUUCUCAACUUAUUUGUCAGAGAUACUGCUGUACUGUGAAAGGUUUGAACCCAGGAGUCAUUUCCCCACACGUCGAACUGUUCGCGCGCACUUGAAUACGCAAAAAUAGAGACUGUUUUGCUUAACUGUUAAAAAAACAGACGAAAUAACAUCGGACAUAAUUGACCAAUAACCAGGUAUAAUACCAUCAACUGACGCGUCAAAGAUGACUACCGCACAGGUUGUCGAAACGUCAGUCACUGAUAACUGUCCUAUUCAGGACUACGUUCAACGAUUCUUUCUGUUGUGUUAACGAUUCUUUCGUCUGUUUACUUACUAAGGCUGGCAAACUGAAGAGUGUCGUUAUGGUCCAGAGAGAGGUGUUGGUGUCGGCGACGAUAAAAACUCGUGUGCGUUCGACGGCGCAAGAUGCAAGGUGUGGAGCGGCCCCCCAAGCGAACAAAUCAACAAUGAUUAUGGAAAAGAAUGGUCUUAUGGAGAUGUACUGAGCUGCUUGUUCUCCUGGAAUGGAGAAGUGUCCUUCUGGUUGAACGGGGUAGAUAUGGGUGUGGCAUUUAGGGGGCUAAACCCUUCGGUAAAUUGGUACCCUGCGGCAUCCGUUGCCAUGGAUCAGAACUGCAGUUUUAAUUUUGGUGGUAGACCUUUCAGGUAGAGUUUUUUUGCGUACAAUGCAAAUAUUAAAAAGAUCUUUUUCAUCCCUAAAGUGCCAAUUUAGUACUGCAGGCCAAAGUCUGAUUCAACCUCUCCUGGAGCCAUUUGAACACAAUCUAAGCCAAAACAGCCCCAUCAAAAGUCUAUUCCAACCUACGCUGGGGCCCGUUUCAGCUCUUGGGUGCAACUCAGCCCUAGAUAAUUAGACUGUAUUGGCCCUGAUCUUGAAAAUAAAGAAUAAAGAAUGAAAAUAAAGAAAGGAAAGUGGAAAAAGGCGGAAAAACCCAGCAUUUGUUUGUUUUCCUUUCAUCUUCUGAUUUGCGUGGGAUAGUCUACUGGAAUAGUCCAAACGUUGAAACUGUGUUAAUUUAGAGGGGGAGCCGCGUAGCACUCAGUCCAGUCCAGUCCAGUAUAUUUCUCCAAUUCAGCAAUCCUGUUGCCAAGGGGUUACAUUGUUGCAGAUAAAGUGAAAUUUAACGGGAAUUGUGUUGUAUUGUGAAUGUUGACGAGUGAAAAACUCUGCAAGUUCUAGAAAGGAAAACGAGAGAAAUCAGGAAACAAAGAAAAUGGUAUUGAUCCCGGCAAAGAUUGCGCUAACGACCUUUCGAUUAUAUCUACCCGCACUUAAAAGUUAAGUCUAUUUCUUCCUGUGAAUUUGUGUUAAAACAGGUAUGAAAUGCCAGAAGGCUAUAUUGCUGUUAGUCACGUGGUCAGCAGCCUGGUCAAGAAAAUUCCUGUCCGUCUUUCAUCUUGUUGGACACCGGUCAGCGGCAGUUUCGAAAGCAUAGUAGAGGAAGACGAAGAACCGAAUGAUGAGGAUCUGGGAACUACAGAGCCAGCAAAGAUUACCAAGAUUGGUAAUGUGUUCACCGUUUUUGUCAUUUGCAUAAAACAAACACAGGCAGACCUAUUAGAGCUUGGUGUUUCAGCGGUAAACACGUAACAGGCCCCUGCUGUGUGGUUUUUAUUGGCUCUUGAUGUACCUUCAGCACAGACAGCCCAGGUUCACGACAAGAAAGUUUCAAAGUGAGCCACAACUGAUGAUAUUGUCGCCCACUUUGCGCCACUCAGUUAUCGCAACAGUUAGUCAUUUACCGUACAAACGGAUCCAACUGUUAGUUUGACCAACCAUUUUUUGUUUCUUUGUUACACUAUCAAUCGCCUGAGAAGUGAUUUUUUCAUAAAUAAAGUGUGAAUGGAUUGCACUUUCAGGCGUGUAGACUGCUUGUCGAACUCAUCUCUGAUUGACAAACACGGCUGCGAAAUUAAGCGUACUGUUGUUAAAUCGUUUUUUCCUUACAAUUUUGCGAUACGUUAAUCUUACGUCUUCUUUUAUCGAGGAUAUAUGUAGCGUUGCGUUUUUGCUACAAGAUAUAAACACGUCAAAGAAACGAGGACGACGAAAAGUGAGGUCCAAGUGCAGAACAAUACAAAAAUCGUCGCUCUUUUUCUUGUAGGUAAAGGAGAAGCGAGGCUUCCUCGGGAAAGAACGGAUUCUGGCGCGUUGGCUGACGAGGAAAAAUCUUCGAAAGUUUCCUUAGAAGUGGACAUGCCUCAAUCAGAAGUGUUUUCCAACACCCAUCACUCGUCCGAUAUCCAUGACACUUCCGGUGCGCCUCACACCUCCGCUGCCUUCGACUCAUCGCUCGUUCUUUCACCCGAGCCUAACAACCACUCUCUUACCUUUGUCACGCCAUCAUCCAGUAUUUUCACAACACCUCGCGGCUCUCCGACAAGAGCAUCGCCGUCUUCAGUGCUCUUUCCCUCGAGCAAGAAUGACCAGACACCGAAUGAAGCCGAGCAGAGUGGGGACGAGUCAGGGCUUGAAGAAAAGCCUCCAUAUGAGGAGAAGCACGUGACAAGCACACCAUAUCUGGGUGUUGGCUCUUUGAGGGACUCCAUUUGUAAGCGCUUUGCUACUGCGUCGCGACUGGAUUCCCUGAGAGAAAUUUCGUGCGAAGAGUCAUUUAUUGACGACGCAGGUAGGACUUUAAAUUGUCCAUAAAAGCGUUUUAUGCUCUUUCAUGAAAGGUUAAGUUAUCACGAGGACUUUAAUCGCAGAUUAAAGACCGAGAAGAAGUUUAAAAUACGACGCUUAGGGGAUUUUAUCAACGAUCUUUGAGGUUUUUGUUAUCGUAUUGAAACACUCUAUCUCGUGUUUAAUGAAACUUGUGGAAAAGAAAAUAAGGAUGCAAACGAAGAAUUUUUACAUCACACAUCCACGAUAUCCACAAAAUUACUAUUUCCUUUCAACUGUUAACUCCGCAAUUUGUUCUGUUUCUAAUUCCAGAGCCAAUAAUUCCUUUCCUGUACUUUGAAGCUGAACUGAAACACGCUCCUUGUCGAGUGAAACAAAUUGGCAUCAUCAACGUGGAAACAAGAGAGAAACUCUAUUGUGACGUACAUGACGGACAUCUUACUCUGCCCAACUCGUCCAGUCCUACCUCAUACGAGCAGGAGAUCUUUAGGGUCCCGGAUGUUGUGGGUUGUGGUGUUGUCAUGUCAACCGGACAAGUCAUGUUCACACUAGAUGGAGUGCCUACAAGACAAUUAUACGAAUUCCCCACCAGUAAACCUUCAUCUCUGGCGAUUGACAACUUCUUCCCGUACAUAUCGUGCACGCGAAUCCGCUGCAAUUAUGGUCAGCAGUCGUUCCUGUUCGAGGAUGCGAACAGAAAAAAAUCAUCGCAUACCUGUGCUUCUUUGCUCCAUAUUAUUUACGAGUCACGUGACUUUCCCGUGAACUCCCCCUCAGAUAUGCCUCUGAAAGCUUAA